CUUCCGAAAAUAGUACUAGCUCCUUCCCCCUGGACUCCAGACUCUUCAACCGUUCCACGUCUCCCUCCCCUUGGACUCACGAAAAUGGCGAACCCUUCUCAAUCCCGCGUCGCCCUCCUCCUCCCAGUCGCGGCCCUCCUCGCGGCGGCUCUCCUCCUCCCGCUCGCCCGCUCCGACGCCGACGCCGACGCCGACGCCGACGCCGGAUCCACCCCUACCACCGCGUACGACGAGCUCCGCCUCCGCGGCUUCCCCCGGGGCCUGCUCCCGGCCAACGUCCGCGGCUACACGCUCGACGCCGGGUCGGGGGACUUCGCCGUAGACCUCGUCUCCAGCUGCCGCAUCGUGCUGCCCGCGGGGAGCUACCUGGCCAACUUCAACGACCGCCUCACCGGCCACCUCGACGACGGUCGCAUCUCCGGGCUCAGCGGCAUCAGCGUCAAGGCCUUCUUCCGCUGGUGGUCAAUCACCGGGAUCCGCGCCGAUGGGGACGAGCUCGUCUUCGAGGUGGGCUCCGUCUCCGCCAAAUUCCCCGCUCGCCACUUCAACGCCAGCCUCGAAUGCCCCGCCAAGGCCGACUCUUAGUACUACUUCAACAAGGCACCCUUGCAUGUCUCAUGAUAUUGGCAUGAUCAAACCGCCUCGACAUCAAGCACCAUUAUAGUUUUCAAUCUCUUCGCAUUGUUUGUAAAACUGCCUCUGUAUAUAAGUCUGGAUCGCUAAGACCACUCCACUCUCCACACGAAGAAAGCGCAAUAAUGUAACCGGUUAUCUCACCGGAUUGUUCGUCGGUCAUAGCCCUGGGAACUGGUAACGUUAUUGUUUCAGCUCGUAAUAUAUAUGACUUCUGGUGCAUACUUCUUUUGGAUUAA